AUGUCCUCAGGUGUUAGAGGACAUGAAGCAGUAUCAAAAUAUUAUAUAGAUUGUUUAGAGAAAUGGUUUCAAUCAGAUGUUUGUGGAUUUCUUAAUACUAUUUUGAACAUUCAAGAUAAAAAUGAUGAUACUGCAUUGUGUAUUGCUGCAAGAGUAGGGAAUAAUGAAUUGGCUGAGAAAUUGGUUAUGAUGGGUGCAAAUGCUGAUAUUCAAAAUAAGCUUGGAUUGAAACCUUCUGAUUUUGUUUUUAGUCAACAAGAUGAUUCAAAGGAAGAUAUGGAUGUAGAUAUGAUUCAAGAAAAUGUAUCUGAUUUCUUUAUUCAACCAUUUACAUCAUUUGUUAAUAAUCAUAGAAAAUCUAGAGAGGUUGUUUUAGCAUUACAAAAACUUGUGGAAGAUGCAGAGAAUGAAUGGGUGGUACAGCUUAGAGUUAAAGAGGAUGAAUUAUUUAAUGCUCAAAGACUUGGUGAUUUAUGUUUAAGAAAUAUAUACGAAAUAAUUAUGAGGGAAGAAGAAAAUUAUUUGAUAAGGAGAAGAACUUUACAUUCAUGUGUAUUAACGAAUAGACAAUGGUGUGUGGUGGGAAUACCUUACCUGUGGAGCGACCCAUUUUUCACAAGAUUACAACCUAAACAGGCAAAAAAAUUAUUAGAUGCCUAUAUCACAAACUUCUCUAAAGAAGAUAAACUAAAAUUACAAACAACUAACAUCGACGAUGGUAAUACAUUAUUUGAUUACAUCACAUUUAUGAGAUCAUUGGUUAUUGGUAAUGUUGUGGAGGCUGUUGGCGAUUGGUUAUCAGUGAUGGAAGGAGGAAUUACUAAUCAUCAAAUGAAGGCAACGAUUAAAGAAAAAUCACUGUUUGAUAUAUUGUUAUCUAAUAUUUUGACAUAUUCUUUAAAUCUGAAUCAUAUUAUAUUAAAUUCAGAAAACAAAACCACAACUAAUGUAUUUGAUUUGGUUUCAUCUAAUGUUAACAUUAUGAAUUUAAGAGAACUUACUGGUUUGGGUGAAUAUAGAGCAGGAUUAUACUUGAAAGCAUCACAUGUUAUACGAAAUCUUCGUGUCCUACGAUUAUCGUUGAAUUAUUUCGAAUAUCCGUUACACUCAACUACCGUAGACGAUAUCACAAAAUUUAUCCAAUCGCAAGAUCAACUUUUGGAAUUAUCAAUCGAGAAUAAAUUGAUUUGUGAUUGUUGCAGAAACGAUAGCAGUUAUAGUUUACUGACCUAUUUAAAUCUUUACGAUGUGAAUUUCUUUGGCGAAUUUCCUUUAAUCAUUUUUGGAGAAUUACAAAAUUUAAAAGGCUUAGAAAUUGUUAGAUGUUAUAAUUUUGCUAAAGAAAAUGAAGAUGUAGUGGUAGAGCAAAAAGAAAAAAGUUCAUCAUCACCGCCGUUGUCAUCUUCCUCUUCCCAAUUUUGUGGGCAAUUUUUUAAUUCUUUGGAAUCUUUAACGAUCCACUAUUCAUCAAUACCAAUUGAGACGUUAAAAUAUAUUUUGAAAAAUUCGAAUAAAAAACUAAUAAAGUUAAAAUUAAUUGGCAUAGAAAGUUUAUUAUUACAUAAAAAAAGUUUAUUGGAAUUUUGUGGCAAGCAUAAUAAAAAUCUCGAGUAUUUACUAACAUUUGUAAAUAUAAACGUUGAGUCAACAAAAAUUUCGUCAUUUUUCGAAUCUUGUAAAAAUUUAAAACAUUUCGAAAUCGUAGAUUCGAUUGGUAACGAAUUAGAUUAUAUACGUAGUGUUAAUCAUAUUUUUUACAGCAAUAGAAACAGUAAUAAUGUUUACGAUAGAUCUAUAUCAACAAUUAGAACAACUAGCUCAUCAUCGUUAUCGUCAUUUUCUAAUACCUUCGCUUCAAAUGUUAUAGAUUUAUCGGAUUGUUUAGCAGAAAUUGGAUCAUCGAUACCAAUAAAUCUUCAAGUUUUCAAGUUAAAUAUUAAAUGUACAUUUACAUUGCAAUCGUUCAAACUAUUUUUAGAAAAUAUCAAAAGAAGUGUUGACGAUGAGAAAGAGGGGAGUAAAAAUGUAAAGUUAAAAUAUUUGGGAUUUCCUUUAUUUAGAAACUUCACAAUGGAUUAUUUAAUGGCUUUAAUGGAAAAUAUAGAGUAUCAAUUGAAAUGGUUGGAUAUUUAUAGUUCUAGCAUAGAAGAUGAAUUAGAUAAUGAGAUAAUUUCAAAACUGUCAAAAGUAAUCAAGAAUAUUGAUGGAAAUUGUAUAAAUAUUAGAAGUACUGCCACAGUUUCUGCUUCAUCAACAGCACAAAACUCUCCGUCUAAGUUAAAGAAAAGAACAAACACAUGUCCAUAUAAUAAAAGAUCAUUAUUUAAACGUACUUCCGAGCCACCACAACAAUGUUCUUGUGCUCUUGCCCAAGCCGUAUUCACUGGUACAUUCACGGGUUUAGUAGUGUUAUCACAAAAUGAAUGUGGUUCAACAAGAUUCGUUGGUCAAUUCUCUAGUGGGUUUCAAGCAGGUCACAAUUACACUUUUAAAGUAUUUGAUAAAUGUGGAAACGAAGUUCAAGAUAUCACUCAGGAUUUGAAUGUUCAAAUUAAUAGUAACGGCGGAACAGCUCCUUUCAAUGCACAAGUUGACGAUCUUAAUCUUAAUUGUGACAACCAUGGAAUCUUAUCAUCAACUUCAACUUCUCCAUCAUCAAGAAGAAAACGUACUUGUACUGGAAAUACUAAAAGAAUUGGAGAACCAACUUUGGUAGUCGAGGAUGAUACUGGAUCAACACCUGCCAUUCGGUCAACUGCUGCUCAACAAUUAGGUGAAAUUCAAAAACAACACCCCAGUGAAUUACAUAAUCUUUUGUCAAGGGUUAUUGUUCAUUUAAGUAGUAAAGAAUGGGAUACACGUCUUGCAGCCGGUCAAGCAAUUGAAGCAAUUGCUAAAAAUGUUCCGCAUUGGAAUCCAAUUGAAAGCGAAAAUGAUGAUAAUAAUAAUAAAUCACAACCAUUAAAUGAUAACAAAUAUUCAUUUGAUAAUUUUGAUAUUUCGAAUGUGAUACAAAAUGGUAAAACUUUAUUAGGCUCUGCAGGAAAGGAAUAUGAUCUCGAUUUAAGUGAUUUGGAUCCUGCACAACGUUUAGCAUUCCAACAUAAAAAUCUUAAAGAAAGAUUAGGUUUGGGUGGUGAAUUCAUGGAUGUCGAUAUAUUUGAUGAUAUUGAUAUAAGUGGAGAAAUCAACAACCCAUCAUCAUCAUCAUCAAAAACAAAACAAUCAACAUCACAAAAAAUUGAAUUAAACAUUCAUUUACAACAGCAGCAGCAACAAGCGCAACCAAUUACGUUACCGGAUGAAAUAUUGCGUGUUGUAGAAGUUGUUGGACGAAAAAACAAUAAUUUCUCAUCAUCGUCACCAUCAAAAAAUAAACCUUCUGCAAUAAAAGUAGAGGAUUCAAUAAAAUCCGAUAGCCAAUUUGAUUUUACACCACAACCUUGUUCUGGUAAAAUUGUAGUCGAAUCUAAAAAAGAUCCUUCUAUGUAUAAUUAUGAUGAUCAAUUAAAUGAAUGGCCAUUUGAAAAAGUCUGUGAAUCAUUAAGCCUGGCUUUAUUUGAUCCAUGUUGGGAAGUUAGACAUGGUGCUGGAAUUGGAUUAAGGGAGAUUCUUAAAGUUCAUGGAAAUGGUGCAGGCCGUAUAGCGGGAUUAACCCAACAAGAAAAUGAAAUACGUCAUAACAAAUGGUUAGAUGAUGUAGCAAUCAGAUUAUUAUGUGUUUUUGCUCUUGAUAGGUUUGGUGAUUUUGUUUCAGAUCAGGUCGUUGCACCUGUACGUGAAACUUGUUCACAAACACUGGGAGCGCUUAUUCAAUACAUGACUUCUCAAAGUGUAGAAAAUGUAUACAAAAUAUUAAUGAGAAUGAUAUAUCAAAGGGAUUUUAUUGGUGACAAGCUUUCAAUAUGGGAAGUGCGUCAUGCUGGAAUGUUGGGAUUAAAAUACGCUGUAGCUGUUAGAAGAGAUUUGGUUGAAAUGAUGUUAGAGGGUGCUGUUGAUGCUGUAGUCUUGGGCCUCAAGGAUAGUGAUGAUGAUGUUAGAGCUGUUGCUGCAUCUAUUUUGGUCCCUAUAGCCGAUUAUUUUGUUACUAAUUCUUCAAAUAAAAUACCGGAACUUGUAAAUGUAUUAUGGGAUUGUUUAAAAGAUCUGAAAGAUGACUUGACUGCAUCAACAGCAAGUGUAAUGGAUUUAUUAGCAUCUACUUCAAAUAUAAAUCACUCUUUAUCAACCUUAAUUCCACGACUGUAUCCAUUCUUUCGUCACACAAUUACUUCAGUGCGUUCUGCAGUUCUAAAUACUCUUUUGACAUUUUUGAGUAUGGAUGAGGCAGAAGAAUGGGUUGAUAAUCGUGUCAUGAGACUUGUAUUCCAAAAUAUGAUAGUCGAAGAAAAAAAGGAUAUUCUUGAUUUAUCGCUUGAAGUUUGGUCGAAAAUAUUAUCUCAUACAACAAAAUCAAGUCAAGAAAACAAAAUAAUUCAACUAACCUCUCAACAUAUAGCAACAUGGUUUGGAAUUGUUAUGACACCAUUCCGUGGUCAAAAUCGAUCCCAAAACACUAAUGGUAAUAAUUCAGAUUCGAUCGGAUAUAAUAUUGACGCUGGAAUGUUACAACAAGAUUUUGCUCUUGUUAGUGUAGAUACUGUGCUAAGAGGCAGAGUUAUUGCAUCUAAAGAUAAAAUUGUAUCACGUCUCUCAUCCUCGUGUGCUUCAAAUAAACAACUAUCUGCUAUCGUAGUCGAAGAAUGGGCAAGAUCAUUAAUAGAAAAUCACGGAAACAAUACCCUCGAUCUAGUCAACACAUCACCAUUUGCAUCCAACAUAUCCACUUUUAUGAUAUCCAUACUUGAGUCUGACGCUCCAACUUUCUAUUCCGAACUUACUACAAUUUUACGUAGAAUACGCGGCGAAUGUCAAGCAUUGCUUAAUACAUUUGUUACAGUUGGAAAAGUCAAUUCUUCAAAUAUACCCGCUUUACCUACCUGUGUUCUUGGUGAAAUAGUAGUAGCCUCCCAACCAGAAAAUUCAACUCCUUUAUUUAAUAUUCAAAUGGCUACAGAAAUUGCCACUACUACUUAUGAUAAUUUGUCACUUCAAAUACUCGACAGGAAUCAUAGAUCUCCUCAGGCCCAACAACAACAGGAAGAAUGUCAAACUCAACUGCAAGAUCGGCAUAGACGUGUUUUGAAUUCCAUAAGUUCCUACGAGUCUACAAAACUAAAAAAUGAUACAAUUGUUUAUGCAGCAAUUGCUAGUGCUGUCGUGGCUUUACAAGCCCUACCACCUAAACUAAAUCCUAUUAUCAGAUCAAUUAUGAAUUCAAUAAAAAAGGAAGAAAACAUCGAACUACAACAAAGAUCAGCAGCUACAUUGGCUAAUCUUGUCUUCCUUUGUUCAUCGAAUCAAAGUGGUACUAGAAUUAAUCCAAACGAUAAGAUUGUAAAGAACCUUUGUACAUUCCUUUGUUCCGACACUACUGUAACACCCGAAUUUCAACAAAAUAAUAAUAAAAGGGAAGGCAUACUUUCUUUGCAAAAAGCAAAAGAGUCUGAUAAAAACACCACAUCAUCAACGUCGUCAUCUAAUGGAGAUUUUAAUUUAACUGAUGAUGAUAAAAUUAAAUCGCAGAAAUUGAUAAGACGUGGCGCUGAAACUGCAUUGAAAGAAUUUGCUUCACAGUUUGGGUCAAAGUUAUUUGAAAUAGUACCAAAAUUAUGGCAUUGCAUGCAUAAUAGUUUAAAUAGCGUAUUAAAUAAUGAUGAUGAUGAAACAAUUGAUGCAAUGAUUUCACAAAAUGUUGGAAAAGAUAUAAUCGAUUCUCUUCAAUUAAUUCAAUCAUUAGUCCCAGCAAUUAAUGAAUCGUUACAUAAUAAGAUAACGGAAUUACUUCCUUUUAUUAUUAAAACUGCCAAAUGUCAAUAUCAAGUAAUACGUUCAAUGGCAGCGAGAUGUUUUGCUUCAAUUGCAAAUGUAAUUACAAUGCCAUGUAUGAAGUUAAUAAUUGAUCAAGUAAUGCCUUUAUUAGGAGAUUCUAAAAAUUUGAUUCAUAGACAAGGAGCCGUUGAACUUGUUUAUCAUGUUGUUCAAACUAUGGAUGCAAAAAUACUUCCUUAUGUUAUUUUUUUGAUUGUUCCAAUAUUGGGUAGAAUGAGUGACGCUGAUGAAAAUAUUCGUCUUGUGAGUACCAAUACUUUUGCAAUGUUGAUCAAAUUAGUACCAUUAGAAGCCGGUAUACCUGACCCCCCAGGAUUAUCUAAAGAAUUUUUACAAUAUCGUGAGCAUGAACGUAAAUUUCUUGGACAGCUUCUUGAUAGCAGUAAAUUGGAUCCUUAUGAAAUUCCGGUAAAAAUAAAAGCAGAAUUAAGGAAAUAUCAACAAGAAGGUGUCAAUUGGUUGGCUUUCCUAAACAGAUAUCAAUUACAUGGUAUAUUAUGUGAUGAUAUGGGAUUAGGAAAAACUUUACAAUCUAUUUGUAUAUUGGCUAGUGAUCACUAUGCCCGUCUUCAAAAACAUAACGCCACAGAAUCUUUAGAUUGUCCUUCAUUGGUAGUUUGUCCUCCAACAUUAACAGGUCAUUGGUAUCACGAGAUCAUAAAUUACACUGAUGAUUUGAAACCAUUAACUUACACUGGUAACCCUAAAGAUCGCGAAAGAUUAAGACCAAAAAUCUUUUGUCACGAUGUAGUGAUCAUGUCCUAUGAUAUUUUGCGUAAUGAUCUUGAUGAAUUAUCACAAAUAGAUUGGAAUUAUUGUAUUUUAGAUGAAGGACAUGUGAUCAAAAAUGGAAAGACAAAAAUAACUAAAGCAGUUAAAACCAUAAAAGCAAAUCAUCGAUUAAUUUUAUCUGGUACUCCAAUUCAGAAUAAUGUAUUAGAAUUAUGGUCACUUUUUGAUUUUUUGAUGCCAGGUUUUUUGGGAACUGAAAAACAAUUUAAUGAUAGAUUUGGUAAACCUAUUUUAUCAAGUAGAGAUAGCAAAAGCUCAUCGAAAGAGCAAGAAGCCGGUGCUCUUGCAUUAGAAGCUCUACACAAACAAGUAUUGCCAUUUUUAUUACGUCGUCUUAAAGAAGAUGUAUUGAAUGAUCUACCACCCAAGAUCAUUCAAGAUUAUUAUUGUGAACUCAGCGAUCUACAGAAACAACUUUACGAAGAAUUUGCUAAAUCACAAACAAAAGGUCCUACGGAUACGAACAUGGAAGAUGCUAAUGAAGAAGGCGGCGGUGUAAAGAAGACUACCCAUAUAUUUCAAGCUUUGCAAUACCUUCGUAAAUUGUGUAAUCAUCCUUUAUUGGUUAUGAAUGAAAAACAUCCUCAAUACAAUAAAGUUAUGGAUCGUUUGAAAAAUACUCGAUCAUCCUUACGUGAUUUAGAAAACGCGCCCAAGCUUCUUGCGUUAAAACAACUUUUGCUUGAUUGCGGUAUUGGAGUUAAUAAUGAUACCGAAGAGAAUACACUCGGAGCUGGUGCAGUUAGCCAACAUCGUGCAUUAAUAUUUUGUCAAUUGAAAACUAUGUUAGAUAUUAUUGAAAAUGAUCUUUUCAAACCGUUAAUGCCAUCAGUAACAUUCAUGCGGCUUGAUGGUUCCAUUGAUACUAACAAACGCCAUGCGAUCGUACAACAAUUCAACAAAGAUCCGUCAAUUGACGUAUUGUUGUUAACUACACACGUAGGUGGACUUGGUCUUAAUCUUACAGGUGCAGAUACUGAACAUUAG